GGCGGGGGGGAGGGGGGGUGGUGUCCCCGGCCGGUUUGGGGGGUGCGUUGCCCGGAGACGGAAAGUUUGGGAGCCCGAGCAGGCUCGGCCGCAGCCCUGGGAAGGGGGUUCAGGGGGCGGUGGCCCUGGGGAUGGGGAAGGAGCAGGAGCUGUUGGAGGCGGCCCGCACCGGGCACCUCCCGGCGGUGGAGAAGCUGCUGUCCGGGAAGCGGCUUUCCUCAGGCUUUGGGGGCGGCGGCGGCGGCGGCGGCGGCUCCUCCGGGAGUAGCGGCGGCGGCGGUGGUGGCGGCCUCGGGUCCUCGAGCCAUCCCCUCUCCAGUCUGCUCAGCAUCUGGAGAGGGCCCAAUGUGAACUGUGUUGACAGUACCGGCUAUACACCUCUACACCAUGCUGCUUUGAAUGGCCAUAAGGAUGUGGUUGAGGUUCUUCUGAGGAACGAUGCGUUGACCAAUGUGGCUGAUUGUAAAGGCUGUUACCCUCUGCACUUGGCAGCCUGGAAAGGAGAUGCCCAGAUAGUGCGGUUGCUCAUCCAUCAAGGGCCCUCACACACCCGAGUCAACGAACAGAAUGCUCUUGAGAUCAAAGAAUUCAAAAAGUACGGCCCCUUUGACCCUUAUAUCAAUGCCAAGAACAACGACAACGAGACGGCCCUGCACUGCGCCGCUCAGUACGGCCACACGGAGGUGGUGAAGGUCCUCUUAGAGGAGCUGACAGACCCCACCAUGCGCAACAACAAAUUCGAGACCCCUCUGGACCUGGCCGCGCUGUACGGGAGGCUGGAGGUGGUGAAGAUGCUGCUCAACGCCCACCCCAACCUCCUGAGCUGCAACACUAAGAAGCACACGCCCCUGCACCUGGCGGCACGGAACGGCCACAAAGCCGUGGUGCAGGUCCUGCUGGACGCCGGCAUGGACAGCAACUACCAGACGGAGAAGGGCAGUGCUUUGCAUGAGGCUGCUCUGUUUGGCAAGACUGAUGUGGUGCAAAUCCUGCUGGCUGCAGGAAUUGAUGUCAACAUAAAAGAUAACCGUGGCCUGACUGCCCUAGACACUGUCCGGGAACUGCCUUCUCAAAAGAGCCAGCAGAUAGCAGCACUUAUUGAAGAUCACAUGACUGGAAAAAGAAGUGCAAAAGAGGCCGAUAAAACCCCCACGUCCCAGGGACCUCUCAUCUCCAAUAUGGACUCCAUAUCCCAGAAGUCUCAGGGUGACGUGGAGAAAGCAGUGACUGAACUGAUCAUUGAUUUUGACACAAACACUGAAGAGGAGGGUCCCUACGAGGCGCUGUACAAUGCUGUCUCCUGCCAUUCAUUGGAUAGCAUGGCCAGUGGGCGAUCAUCUGACCGAGACUCCACGAACAAGGAGGCCGAGGCAGCAGGAGUCAGGGCUGCUGGAGUGAGGCCUAGGGAACGUCCACCGCCUCCAGCAAAGCCACCACCCGAUGAAGAGGAGGAAGACCGCAUAGAUAAGAAGUAUUUUCCCUUGACAGCUUCUGAGGUCUUGGCCAUGAGACCCUGGAUUCAGGGAAGUGCAGCCAGGGAAGAGGAUGAACAUCCUUAUGAGCUGUUGUUAACAGCAGAAACAAAGAAACUGGGAUCCAUGGACGGGGAUGGAAAACCAAAAGACCACAGGCGGAGCGGCAGCAGCCGGAGCCAGGACUCUGCGGAGGGGCAGGACGGGCAGGUCCCAGAGCAGUUCUCAGGUCUCCUCCACGGCUCCUCCCCGGUGUGUGAGGUGGGGCAGGACCCUUUCCAGCUGCUCUCUGCCACUGGCCAGAGCCAUCAAGAAGGGUCCCCCACACAGGGCGCCUGUCACGAGGCCAGCAUGCAGCUGGAGGAGACGGGUGUGCACGCUCCUGGAGCCUCCCCGCCCCGUGUCCUGGACCAGAGUAAGAGAGUGGGUUACCCGGCUGGCCUGCCCACCACCAACAGCCAAUCGCACCCCGAAACUUUGACUCACACAGCAUCUCAACACCCUGGUGGUGCCGAGGAAGAAAGAGACUGGAGUGGGGCUAGGAGCCGAGCCCCUCCCACCAGCAAACCCAAAGCUGAACUCAAACUCAGCCGCAGCUUGUCCAAGUCUGACUCUGAUCUCCUGACCUGCUCACCCACGGAGGACGCUACAAUGGGGAGCCGGAGCGAGUCCUUGUCCAACUGCAGCAUCGGGAAGAAGAGGCUGGAGAAGUCGCCCUCCUUUGCCUCGGAGUGGGAUGAGAUUGAGAAAAUCAUGAGCUCUAUUGGCGAAGGGAUUGACUUUUCUCAGGAACAGCAGAAGAUCUCAGGUUCGCGGACGCUGGAGCAGAGCGUCGGGGAGUGGCUGGAGGCGGUGGGGCUGCAGCAGUAUGAGAGCAAGUUGCUUCUGAAUGGCUUUGACGAUGUCCGCUUCCUGGGCUCUAACGUGAUGGAAGAGCAAGACCUGCGGGAGAUCGGCAUCAGUGACCCCCAGCACCGGCGGAAGCUGCUCCAGGCGGCACGGUCCCUGCCCAAGGUGAAAGCUCUGGGCUAUGACGGCAACAGCCCCCCAUCAGUGCCCUCCUGGCUGGACUCCCUGGGGCUGCAGGACUACGUGCAUUCCUUCCUGUCCAGUGGCUACAGCUCUAUUGACACUGUGAAGAACCUCUGGGAACUGGAGCUUGUCAACGUCCUGAAGGUCCAUCUCCUCGGCCAUCGCAAGCGCAUCAUCGCCUCCCUCGCAGACAGGCCCUACGAGGAGCCGCCUCAGAAGCCCCCACGGUUUUCCCAGCUGAGAUGCCAAGACUUGCUCUCCCAGACAUCGUCCCCGCUGAGCCAGAAUGAUUCCUGCACUGGCCGCUCCGCGGACCUGCUACUGCCUCCUGGGGACACGGGCAGGAGGCGGCACGACAGUCUUCAUGACCCUGUGGCACCUUCUCGAGCGGAGCGCUUCAGAAUCCAGGAAGAACAGCGUGAAGCCAGACUGACCCUUCGGCCCCCCAGCUUGGCUGCCCCGUACGCCCCAGUGCAGAGUUGGCAACACCAGCCAGAGAAGCUCAUCUUCGAAUCCUGCGGUUACGAAGCCAACUAUCUGGGCUCUAUGUUGAUCAAAGAUCUUCGAGGGACAGAGUCCACACAGGAUGCCUGUGCCAAGAUGCGGAAAUCCACCGAGCACAUGAAGAAGAUCCCCACUAUCAUCCUGUCCAUCACGUACAAAGGUGUCAAGUUCAUCGAUGCCUCCAACAAGAACGUCAUUGCGGAGCACGAGAUCCGGAACAUUUCCUGUGCGGCCCAGGACCCAGAGGACCUCUGUACCUUUGCCUACAUCACCAAGGACCUGCAGACCAGCCACCACUAUUGCCAUGUGUUCAGCACGGUGGAUGUGAAUCUGACCUACGAGAUCAUCCUCACCCUGGGGCAGGCGUUCGAGGUGGCCUAUCAGCUGGCCCUGCAGGCCCAGAAGUCCAGGCCCCUGGGGGCCUCUGCCGCCGAGACGAUCGAAACGAAAUCUUCGAAACCGGUGCCUAAGCCUCGGGUUGGCAUGAGGAAGUCAGCAGUGCCGCCGCCCCCCGAUAGUCGCUGUUGUCACUGUCACACCUGCACCACCCAUCGUCCUUCUUACCUACCGCUGCCGUCUGUUAGUGCUGGAGUCAAGCUGGAACCACCCGACAUGGACCCAGAUGCCCAGUCCCAUGCCAGCGUCUCCUGGGUUGUGGACCCUAAACCAGACUCCAAGCGGAGCCUCAGCACCAACUGAGCCACCGAGGAACCGACUAUGCUGCGGAAACACAGCCGUGGGGAGCACAGGCUCCCACCGCCACCGCCACCGCCACUGUGUCACCUGCAGCUUCGAAGACCCAGGCCCGGCCUCUGCCCGUAGCGGCUCCUGGGGGCUGCUUGGCCUGGACCUGCCACCACCAGGUCUUGCGGAGCGAGCCGCACUCCAGGCCUCGAGCAGCUGAGACUGGAACUCCAGAGUCAGGAAGUGACUUGUCCAGAAGACAUUUUUUAAUAGAAAAAAAAUUUUCUAUAAAACGAAUUUUUAAGACUUGGCUCAAACCUCUAGGUUCAACUGCCGACCUUCAGACGGCACAGGAGCGGAGGCCGGCGGGCACGGCCUUCUUUCCCUGGGAAGGCAUGUGGGCGCAGUCCAGGAGGACGCAGGGAGGCGGCGGCCGGUGGCGAGUGGAAGGCAGGCCCGGGGGGGGCAGCAUGAGUGGGUUUGUUCGAGUCUGCCUUUCAAACCCAACCAAGUCCGUUGCCGUUCCUUGUGAACUGCACAACUUGUCCUCAUCCGGAGCUGGACGCCGCCUCUGCGGUGAGAACACAGCCUCGAGGCCCCUGGCAAAAGCAGAGACUCAAGGUCCGUUUCUGGGGUUCCACGUGUGAAGGUCCAGGGGCCAGACAGAGCUGAGCGAGCCGCUCCUCGGCGCCCGAGCCGGUGGUGGUCCGGGCGCCGGCCCCACACUUUCUGUGACCUCAGACUGCCUGGGUUCAGUCGGAAAGGAGGAAAAGCAGCUUUGUUUUGGGCAUUAAUGGGUAGGUCAGCUAAGACUGCUACCUGCCAAUUUGUGAUUUGUUGAAUCAGGUCUGUGUGAUUAGGACUCGCUUUGAUCCUCUGAAUUACUGGUUUGACUGUUGUACUUUCAGCUGCUGGAUUCUCCCUGGCUCCGAGUGUAGAGAAGGCUAAGUGAGGUGACAGUCGAUUCGGUUCUCCCCCAGUGUGGCCCUUGGGGCAGGCUGGGGUCCUGGCGCACCACUGCCACUGACGGCCUCCUGCUGGCUGGCUUCGCUUGUCCACUCUGACCCUUGUUCUGUGCUCCUGAGGGUGGUAGAGGCAAACGGGGUGAUUCCUGUGAGGCCGAGAGGCACAGCCGGCUCCGCCGCUGGCCCGGGACCUUCCAGGGAGGGGGCAGAGGAGCCGUCCUCCCGUGGCUCGUUCAGCGCUCCUCACGCUCUGCCGCCCGGGCUGGCUGCUCCGGGGCCCGCAUGCCAGGCUGCAGCGGGACUUCCUUCCCAGCAGAGGCUGUGAAUUGACGCUCCCCGCGGGCUCCGUGCGCGGAGACUGCUCUUGGGCACCCUCACCGCCCCGUGCUCCCGCUGCCUUGAGACUGGGCCUGGGGGGGCGGCACCCCGUCUCUGGAGCAGGCCGGGGAACCCUCCGCUCUCCAGUACUGAACAAGGACCUCACCGCCUGAAGCCUGGCUUCGCUUCCUGCUUCUGCCAAGGCCCGUGAGCCUCCCGGCAGCUCCCGCCAUGCAUGUUCUGCCCCCGCUGGCCCAUGAGAAGUGAACAGGGAACCGGAGGGGUUGCGGUCGGGGCUGUGGUGCUGGCGCCCUUCCCUCCCUUGCGGGGGGCUGGCCUCAGCCAAGUGCGCCUCGCCUCUCCGGGGGCGACAGGUCCAAAAAGCAAACUGUAGACACUACGAUGAGCUGCUCCAGCCGUCUUUCUGUUUUUAAAUCACAUGUAGGUGUUUCCUUCCCUUGAAGCUGCUAUGUCUUUAUUUAUUCAGGGUGUUUUCAUAUUGGAAAGCCUUGGCUAGUCCGCUCUGGCUCUGGGUUUGCUUUUGAGAUUGGUUUAUUUCCGAACAGUCGAGAAGGGUAGGGACUGGAUCUUUCUUUCCUUUUAACUUCUCCUCCAGGGCAGGUACUCUCUCUCCCCUCGAAAGGGUGGUGUAACUUCAAGGACGGGCUUCGAGCAGAAAAGCCCCUGCUUCUGCCGCUGAGUUCAGCGGCGGGUUCUGAGCUGUGCGGGCCCCUCUAGGCAGGACUUGCGAGGGAGUCAGUACCUUCCCUGGCCCCAGCUUCUCCGCUCACCUCCCUUCUGCUUGCCAGCCGCUCUGAGCCGUAGGACCCCUCCUGCCAGGCUCCGCGUCUGCUGUGCUCCACCUUCCUCUUGGGUCUCUAGCCUCAGAUUCCGGCAGGAGCUCCUCGAGAAGCCUCUGGCCGAGCAGGCAGCGAACGUGGUUGCCGCCGCUCUGACCGUAGAAAGCUAGUCUGCUCCCGGUCUGCCUGGGGGAGGCCCCAGCCUGCGGGAUGCCUGGCAGAAGCAGCUCGCAAAAGUGUUGUCGCUGACGGGGUGGCAACGGACUGAACUGUAAUAAAAAUGUUAUUUAAUCUUUGUCUCUGUAUUUUGAUACUUGAAUGAAUUCCCCUUUUAUUUUACUGUACAUAUAAUUGUUAAUCUGUCCGAUUUUGUCCGAAUUACAAACAUCUUGUGGUACCAAACAGCGAAUCUGUGCAACGACACGGACUGACCUCACUACAUGAGAGCGUGUAAAUCCUCCUGGGCUUCCAGCUUCGGCUUGGUUAUUUUCAUAACUGUACAACUUAGAACAGACUGAAUUAAUAAAUGAGAAACAACAUGAAACCA